AUGUCGACUGAGGAACCUUCAAAGUGCUGCGUCUGCGGUGUGCCGACCACGAAGCGUUGCCAGGCGUGCGCAAAGAGCGGCAUCGACCUCUUCUUCUGCUCGCCGGAACACCAGAAGCUCGUCUGGAAGCAUCACAAGGAGGUCUGCGGACCGAACGCUCACCCGUUUCGCUUUCCGCCUCUCUCGCAAGACGAGGUCGACGAGCUCCUCGCGCUCGAGAAUCAGCCAGUGACACCUGACGACGCAGAGGAUGUGUCUGUUCUCAUUGAACGCUUCCCCAAGGUCCCGGCCGAGGCAUUUGCAAGGUUUGAAGCAGGCAGCCGUCAGUCGAGAUUGGGACAAAUGUACGAGGUGGCCUGGAGUUUGCCGGCUGGCUCCUUCAGCGCUUUCGUCCGUUCCCUCGCCAAGCACGUUCCCGAGGAGGAGUACGCUGCCAUCUUAGCGUUGCGCGAGCUUCUCAGAGGGCAUAGGGCGCGCCGGUACGACAGUUCGCUCAGAGGAUGUCCGUACAAUCAGCUCUGGACGAUCUUCACCCGCUUUGACAGCAUGCCUCUCGUCACAACGGCGUCGAGCCGUCCGCCAGGCUUCGACCGCAGCCUCGGGGCGCAUUGGCUACAACUGUCACAGUAUCGCCAUCAGGCUGUCGUGCUGGUGUCCCUUGCGCUCACGAGGCAAUCUCGCGGCCCCGCCGCCGUGCCUACUCGAUUCGUCCGCGCCGCGUUCGAACAAGCCUUCGCCUGCCUCGACGAGCUCAAGCCGUUCGAUAACGCAGCGCAUGCUGUAGAAAUCCUUUGUUCGGUCUCGGAGAUCCUGAACAGUGCGGGGUUACAACAGCUGGGCGUCUACCGCGACCAAGCGGGCAAACUCGUGUGCACCUGCGUUUGCGCCUGA